UGUAUAGCUGUACAAAGGAAAAUCAGCUACAGAGUCGCGGAGUCAAGUCAUUACAAUAGUCAACCAUUUCACACCAAUGAUUGGUUUCGAGUCUGCUCUUUGAAUCUUACCCCAACAACAUUUUAUUAUGUCGCUAACUAACUUAAACAUAAAUGGCUUUUAUGAAGAGCCGAUUUUAUUGUGGAAGACAAAGCAACGCGUUCAUUACAGAGAUGAUGUGGCGCGUGCCAAAAACAAUCAAAUACUUAACGACAGUUGUCAAUUUAUUGCAAUAAGGCCGAAAAAAUCGAUAUCCUUCUCUCGCCUAACUCCGUCAACGGCGCUGGAAACGCCACUCAACUUUAGUUCAUCGAUUGCCGCUACCUCGAACUCUAUAAAACGGUACGCUCGUACCGCAUGUGAUCACUGCGGUCAUCAUAACAUACCAAUUAUGUCACACCCAAUAUCGCCGCUAGCGAAAUCGCAGACUAAUUUGGAGCUGAUGGAUCCAAGUAGCCAGCAGCGGCAGACACUUUUACCACUGCCAACCAUUGGUAUGCAUCGUGAUGACUCAGCUUGCACACUCCAAGUGUCCCGCCGCCCUUCAAUACUUCUGCAAGAGAUCCUCACCCAGCGACCCCCUGGUGCUGGACGCAAGGAUCCCAGUAAUUUUCUUCAUCCACGCAACUCCAAAAAUUCAGGAAAUCCACAUGGAACGGUUAAUGGCAGUACGGCGACUAUCAAUUUUCAAAGCGGAUCUACCAGUGCUCGCAAUGGUUCGAGUGCCAACUAUGACAGCGGUGCAAAAAGCUUUCAGGCCAAGCAACAGAAAGAAAAGAACCGACGAACGGGCAACGAUGCCAUCAGCUCGGCAUUGUCUGCCACUUACUGCAAGCUACUAGUGCUCUUAGGUGUAUGCCUACCUAUUACUGAAGUCAUUUCAGAUCAAAUACCGACAUAUGUUUAUCAAGGAUUUUAUGUUUAUUUAUAUGCCGGUAGCAUAUUAUUUGUGAUAUUUGUUUACAUAAGUGCGUUUCGAAAUCGAUCGCUUUUUAAUGCACUCAAGGAUUUUCAUGAGAAGAAUAGCAAUAUACACCUAAAGCACAAAGUGACUCACUUCGGAAGUUUCUACCUACGCGUAGGUGCUAUUGCCUUCGCAAUUGGUACAAUGGUGUAUUCGGGCUUGGAAUUUGGUCAAUUCUUUGAACUGAAUGGUCAUCCGGGAUGUCACGACGUCUUUGUAGCCAUCACUCCUAUCUGCCGCAUGGUCUUGUGCAUUGCACAGGUACAGUUCAUCUUUCUCAACACCACGUAUAUGGAUAUGGCACGUCAUAAGGUUACCUCGCGAUUCGGACUUAUGCACAUGGUGGCCACCAACCUGUGUGAAUGGUUAUACGUACUGGUCGAGGAAACAAAGCACGAAAUAUUUCAUAUUGGCCACCACGAUGCGGGCCAAGAUCCGAUCUUACAUAACGGUACACAUGGCGGUCCCGAUUGGUCGGCUCUUAAUGAUUCCUUACAUUUGCAUAAUCCCCAUCAGACUGUAUCAACUAUGCAAGCCAACCAAUCCACUUCACCGCUUCACAAGAUAUUAGUAAAUUUGACGGCGACGGUUGGUAAUACCACAGUACUACCAGAACCGACUUAUGCCCCAUUUACUGGAUGUUCCCGUACAACAAUCAUGGGUGCUUUGGUUCAACAGCUGUCUCCGUUUCUAUUUCCGUGCACAAUUGAAUACUCGCUCAUUUGUGCAGUUAUUUUAUUCGAGAUGUGGAAAACCGUUAAGUCUAUACCGGAUAUAGACAAGACACGUAAAAACUCGGUGAAGCCAGUUGCGCAGAAGCCGGCACAUCACUUCUCUGUCGAUUGCUCCCAAUCGCACAAGGGUCUGUUUUUCGGUAUACUUAUUAUUGUUAUGACCAUAAUCUCAAUGAUUAUGUACUUUGUAUUGUAUACGCAACCCGGCUACGAACUCAUCGCAACCCAGGAAGUUACACUCUGGGAAACAUUCAUGUACUUUAUGUGCGCAUCCGCAAUAAUAACCGGCAUGAUUCUAAUGCGUGAUCUAAAGUUUGUAAAAGAUACGAGCGACGAACACCAUUCAAUGGAUUUGGAUAAUCUCCUGCUGGUAGUGGCCCAGACAGGCGUCUACUUGUAUGGAAUGUUCAGCAUACUUGGCAGCUACUUUGCUAAAUGGGACACCGUACCGGAUCGAGUUGAAGGCAUUAUCGCGGAGGUGUUUGGUGUGGUGCAGACAUCUCUGCAGACUAUGUUUAUACUACAUGCUAGCCAUCGACGCUGCAAGGGAUCAAAACAGGUCCGACGAAAACCCGGCCGCGAGAUUAUUACCUUCCUUUUGGUCGCAAAUAUUGCCAUCUGGUUUGUCAACACGCUUAUCAAAGGAAGAGCGGUGUUUCGUGAAUCGCACCUUGAGUUUUUCGGCGUUUGGGGAUGGACGAUUAUCACACAUAUUUCGAUGCCACUGGCGAUUUUUUAUCGCUUUCAUUCCACGAUUUGUCUAUUUGAAGUGUGGAAAGUAACAUACAAGGCCAAGGCUCAUUAGGUUGUGCUGGAUUCAAAUUUACAAAUGUAUUUUCCAUGUUUUUUUUUUUAUUAAAUUAUUUUUA